AUGAAGCAUCUUUAUCUCAGUAUCUUAAAUAGUGGUGAAGAAGAAAUGUUCAACAAUGAGUGUGANUACGCAGCCAAAAAGAGGAAGAAGGAACAUUUUGGAAAUGACACAGCUGCUCACAGUUUUUAUCGUGAAAAAUGGAUCUACGUCCAUAAGGAAAGCACAAAGGAAAGGCAUGGCUACUGCACCCUGGGAGAAGCCUUCAACCGGCUAGACUUCUCAAGUGCCAUUCAGGACAUCAGGAGGUUCACUUACGUGGUCAAAGUAAGUGGUUCUUGCGGAAGCAGCUUUGAGGACUCCCGAAUGACUAGUUUGAAGGUUACAGGUAUGAGAUUAUAUAACGGGUCACCUGUCUAUGUACAGAAAGGAAAGGGACAGCUCAGGAGAAGACAUGGAGGGGGGUUGCAACACUUAGGUCACAGUUGCAAGUCCCAGAGGCCACAGGAACUAAGACAUUGCAGGGUCCUUUUCUUGGAAACACCUCCCAUGUUUGAGCUCAUGAGGACGCCUGAUGUUCUUGAUGACCACCAGAAUCCUCGCCUAAUCAAAGACCUUCUCCAAGACUUGAGUUCCACCCUUUGCAUCCUUGUGAGAGGGGUGGGGAAAUCAGUGUUAGUCGGGAACAUCAACAUCUGGAUCUGCCGCUUGGAGACGGUUCUCAGCUGGCAGCAGCAGCUGCAGAACCUCCAGAUGACGAAGCAGGUAAACACUGGCCUCACACUCAGUGACCUGCCCCUGCACAUGCUGAACAACAUCCUGUACCGUUUCUCAGAUGGCUGGGACAUUGUCACCCUGGGCCAGGUAACACCAACCCUGUACAUGCUCAGCGAAGACAGGCGACUGUGGAAGAGACUGUGUCAGUACCACUUUGCUGAGCAGCAGUUUUGUAGACAUUUGAUCCUUUCAGAAAAAGGUCAUAUCGAGUGGAAGCUGAUGUAUUUCACACUUCAGAAGUAUUACCCGACCAAAGAGCAGUANGGAGACACGUUACACUUCUGCCGUCACUGCAGCAUCCUCUUCUGGAAGGACUACCACCUUGCUUGGUUGUUGAAGGACUCGGGACACCCCUGCACCGCAGCUGACCCCGACAGCUGCUUCACUCCUGUGUCCCCGGAGCACUUCAUUGACCUCUUCAAGUUCUGAUGAUGCACUCAGCCCCGUGCCCUUGUCUACAGCUGUCCCUUGUGCUUUCUGUGUCGUGUAGUUGGUGUGAGUAUUCUGUGACACAAGUGACGACAGGCUCAGUGACUGCCUGUACCUGUGCGACCCUCGCUUGCUCCUUGGAGAACCUGACAGGAUGCUGAAGAUGUGCGGGCAGUUGUGCACCGUCAGUGAGGGAGAGAGACCCCGACUCCAUUUGUACUUCUUUCUUGAAACUCUUCUCAGCUUAUAAAAUUUGCAAUUUUGUAUAUUUUUAAAUAUGGAUCAAAAAGAGUCUUGGAUACUCAGCCCCAUAUUUUGUGCUGAACUGACAUGAACAACCGAGAAUGUCCGUCUUGGUUGUCAAACGACAGUUUUCCAUCCUACAGUAACUGGGAUGAAGAACAAAACAGUUGAUCCUUGUAAAUACAUUAUGCAGAAUAUUUAUUUUUCUUAAAAUGUAUUUUCACAACCCCAGUGGCUGUGGCCAAAUGAGUCCUCAUUGAACACAAGAUGGAGCUAGGAACUCGCGUGGGGCUGUGAACUGGAUGCACUGGCCAUAGCUAGCAGCAAUGUCCCCAUGUUUUCAGGAACCCAUGCCAUGAGGCCAUCAUAGAUCCAGACUCGGGAUGUGGGCUCCAAACCAGAAUAGAGCCUNUGCCAAGGAGUUGGAGACAGCCCAGUGAGGCUGAAGUUCUCUUGUAGAAAUUCCUUUUCUGGGUAAAGUGAUGAGCCAUGUUUAUCUACUGAUCAGCUUCAUCAAAUUCGCAUCUAACUGAAUGGUGGUGUCUUUAAAAUGUGCUGUUUUAUUUUAAAAAUAAUGCAUGUGCACUUUAGAAAUUUUUGAAAAUAAAGAUACAUGAAAGAAAGUUAUAUAAUU